AUGGGUAAAUCUUCCAAGGAUAAGCGUGAUGCAUAUUACCGGCUAGCAAAAGAGCAAGGCUGGCGCGCCAGGAGCGCAUUCAAGCUGUUGCAACUAGAUGAAGAGUUCGACCUCUUCAAGGAUGUCACACGUGUGGUGGACCUCUGCGCCGCCCCGGGGAGUUGGUCGCAGGUAUUGUCCCGGGUGCUGAUCAAGGGUGAGAAGUUUGGCCGGUCGGCAUGGCAGGACAAGGAGGCCCAGUUCCGCCAGCAGAUGCUGCGUGUCUUUUCUCCGGAGAAGACCGCCGCCGUCGAUGUUCAAGAGCUUUCAGUCCAAGGGAAGGAUGGUGCACCAAAGCCUCGAGAGGAUGUCAAGAUCGUCGCCAUUGACCUGCAGCCCAUCAGUCCGCUGUCGGGCAUCACCACUCUGCGCGCCGAUAUCACGCACCCUGCGACCGUGCCGCUUCUUUUGAAGACGCUCGAUCCAGAGUAUGACCCCAGCAGCAUGACCCAGCAGGCCUCUCACCCAGUCGACCUGGUGCUGAGCGAUGGCGCACCGGACGUCACUGGUCUCCAUGAUCUGGACAUCUACGUUCAGUCCCAGCUCCUCUUUGCCGCGCUCAACCUCGCCCUUUGCGUGUUAAAGCCAGGCGGAAAAUUUGUGGCCAAGAUUUUCAGGGGCAGGAAUGUGGAUGUGCUCUACGCACAGCUAAAGUUGUUCUUUGAGCGGGUAGUUGUUGCAAAGCCCAGGUCGUCACGAGCUAGCAGCAUCGAGGCCUUCAUCGUCUGCUUGAACUUCCAGCCGCCGCCUGGAUUCAUUGCAAGCUUGGACGAGCCGCUUGGCGUCGGUCAGAAACUGCCAGACAUGAUCAAAGAGAGAACGUCACAGCUACCAAUCAUUGCGAAAGCGACCAUGCAAAGCCCAGUGACUGGUGCUUGGGACUGGACGCCCGACAGUGGAGCUCAGCCCCGGGCGGACGGCGUCGUGGAGGUCGAGAUCGAGGAUGAGGUGGAAGCUCAUAGGAGCGAUGUUGGCUGGAUCGCACCAUUUAUUGCCUGUGGAGAUCUAUCUGCCUUCGACUCUGACGCGUCUUACCAACUACCAGAAGACCAUGUCACACUGGACCCUGUGCAGCCGCCCACAGCACCUCCAUACAAACGAGCUCUCGAGAUGCGUAGGGCAGCUGGAGGCGCAUACGGCAAGACUGUAAGGAGCUGA